CGAGGAGUUUUUGUAAGGAGAGAAAUGGCGGCGUGUCUGAGGGGAGGCCGGCUCCCGAGCCCGUGAGGUGGUUAAGUGGGGGGAGGGGAGGGGAGCCGGCCCCUGCCCCUCUCCCCAGCACCUUCACCCCGAGGUAGUGGCUGUAGGUUGGGGGAGGGGAGGUCAAAAAUAUGGACAAAGCAAGCAGGAAGAAGUAGGGUAUAAACAAGGCCAGUCACAUGAGAGAUGGAGCAGCAGCCGGAGAGGAUGAAAACCUUGGCUUUUCUGGCUGACUUGGGCAAACCUACUCUUCGGGGCAUCAAAAAGUGCCCCAAGUGUGGCACUAUCAAUGGCACCCGUGGACUGAGCUGCAAGAAUAAAAGCUGUGGUGCUGUCUUCAGGGAUGGCGUGCGGAAGCAGCAACCCAGCAUCGAUGCUGUUCGCAUAGUCACAGGAUCUGCUUCGCAGGUGUACUCAGUGAGGCUUCGGGAUCGAGGACCUGAUUACCGGGGCUUUGUGGAACUUGGCACAACAGAAGCAAUUCAGACGGUCGAUGGCACUGUUAUUACGCAUGUGACUGGCCGCUGCCUAGUCCCCACCUGUUUCAAAGUGACCUCACAGGAGGUCUCCGAGAAUCAGUGCCAGCACAUUAAGCUCGCCAUGGAGUGCCAUAUGGAAGCCACUCCGCACACUCUGAAGAGCUCUGUGCUGAACUCUCUCCAGGUGUCUGCUGAGACCAAGCAGGCCAUCUGGACCCUGGCGACUGAGUCAAGUGGACCCCUGGUGCAGAGGAUCACCAGGAGCAUCAUGGUGGUGAAGUGCAAAGCUAGCCCCAAGCACAGUUUGGGCUUCCUGCAUGUUUCGUUCCACGAGAAGGCUAGGCUGAAAGGUGUGACAGAGCGCAAGUUCUACUGUUCCUGCCAGGCUUUCAAAGCCAGUAAAUCGAGCUCCAACAAAGAGGAGCCACCAAAACGAUGCAUUCACUUCUACGCAUGUGUUUGUGCUUUUGCCAGUGAUGAGAAGCUGGGGAAAGAAUUUUCCUACUUUAUCAACUUUGAUUCCAUGAGUAGGUGCAGAAGUUCUGGGCUUCAGGCAAAUUCCGAGACACAGCUGCUGGCACUUUACCCCCAGGACCACACCUCCCAAGCUGCAUCAAGCGCGGUUUCGAAAGCAAAGAAGAAGAAAAAAGAAGACAUAGUUGUGAGUCAACCCAUCGAUGAGUCCCAAGUAACGCUGACAUUUCAAGAUUGGCUUGCUAGUGUCACAGAGCGCAUCAAUCAAACUAUGCAUUACCAAUUUGACGGGAAGCCUGAACCACUGGUGUUCCACGUUCCUCAGAUUUUCUUUGAUGCCCUGCAACAGAGGAUUUCGAUGGGAAGCAAAAAGAAACGCCUUCCCAACUCCACCACAGGAUUCGUCCGGAAGGAUGCAGUGCCCCUGGGAACAUUCUCCAAAUACACUUGGCAGAUCACAAACAUUCUUCAAGUCAAGCAGAUAUUUGAUACCCCAGAGAUGCCCCUGGAGGUCACACGCAGUUUUGUUGAAAAUCGCGAUGGCACCUACGAGUUGUUCAAGUGUCCAAAGGUGCAGGUCGAGAGCAUUGCAGACGCUUACGGCCGAGUGGAGAAACAGCCAAGUAUUCGACCACUGGAACUCAAGACUUUCCUGAGAGUCGGCAAUAUGUCGCCUGAGCAGAAGGAACCCACUCCAUUUGUUAUUGAAUGGAUCCCAGAUAUUCUGCCCAAAUUGAAGAUUGGGGAAAUGAGAAUUAAGCUGGAGUACGGUCAUCACCGGAACGGACACGUCGAGUAUAGGGAACAGCAGCCAUCUCCGGAACAAAGCCUUGAGCUUAGCCCUUCCCUUGCCACCAUUAAUAUUCACUGAAAUUCAGGGAGUCAUUCGGCCAUUGCUGUCACCUCUUUUUUGGAAGUAGGUAAAAGAAAGAAAGAAAAUCCCAAACACCAGUCUAACAGAACUGGAAAGGAACUCUGGAAUCAAGCUUGAAGCUUGAUGAAGAUCUGCAGUAGAAAUCAUGUGGGUUUGAAGGCUUGGUUGACGCUGACCGUUGGAGGACAGGCAAUUCAUGGGUUGCAGUUAAUACGUUUGACCCUUCUACUUGCAAUCCAAAGCACUUAUUCACUUAGACAUUGAAACUGCAUCACAGUAUUUUAAAGCUCCUUCCUGCUAGCACCAGCUACAUUUUGAUUUCCUUUCUCUUCUGUGUAAGAAGUUGCUGACGUAUCAUGCAAAUAUUAAACGCAUGAGAAGUCAUUUUGAACUGGG